AAACUGUAUUUCAGUGUAAAUAAAAUUUAUCUCAAAUUGAAUUGAGAUUCUUUUAAAUAAUUUCAAAUUAAAAAUUUAUCUAAAAAAACAAUAAACAAUGUUCUUAGUAGCAAUAACGGGUGGAAUAGCAACUGGUAAAAGUACAGUAACUGAAGUCUUUCGAAAAAAUGGAAUUCCAAUAAUUGAUGCUGAUAAAAUUGCAAGACAAAUUGUUGAACCAGGAAAACCAGCUUGGUAUAAAAUCAAAGAAGUUUUUGGCGAUGAAGUCUUCCUGCCAACGCGCGAGAUUGAUCGUGAGGCUUUGGGAAAAGCCAUAUUCAGUAGCAAUGAGAAGAGAGGACUUUUGAAUGAAAUCACUCACCCACGCAUUCAUAGGACAAUUACCAUGGAAGUGUUCAAGCAUCUUAUGUCUGGUGCACAAUAUGUUGUUCUCGAUUUGCCAUUACUUUUUGAGACUAAUAUUCUGAUGGAUUUUAUCCACAAAAUAAUAACUGUGACAUGCGAGAGUGAUCAGCAACUGGAACGUUUAAGGAAGCGAAAUAAUUUUAAUGAGGAAGAUGCCCGUAAACGUAUCGCCUCUCAGAUGCCACUAGAUAAAAAAUGCGAAAAAUCGCAUUUUGUCAUUGAUAAUUCUGGAAGCAUUGAACAAACCCAAAAGGAAGCCCAACAAAUAGUGCAGCUUUUAAAUGGCAGUCGACAUCACUGGCGUAUUCGGGCAUAUAUUCUUGGAGCAUUCCUGGCUGUUGUAUGUUUUAUAUUAUGGCUAAAUCAACUAUUCCAUUUUUUACCAUUUGAUUUAUUUUAAAUCUAUAACUAACCAAUUAUAAUAACUUACAUUACGAAUUACUUUGUUUUAUAAUUCAUCAUCAAAGCAAAAACCAAAUAAAUUACCAAUGGGGCGUGUCUUUACACAAUGUGCACAUUUAA